AGGCGACAUUAAACAAACAGUUUCAGAUUUUACGGACAUGUUUGUAGAUAUGAGAGGAAACAUAACGGACGAGAUGUUAAAGAGAAGUGAUGAGAUAAAAAGGAGAGAAGAAUCGUUCAGAACAUUAUUUGAGGAAACAAGAGAAAACCUGACUAGUGGCAACGAGGCUGAAAAAGAGAAAAUUAUUAAACUCCAAGGAAAGCUCGAGCAACCUCCGAUCGCUUUCUAUGCACAUCACUUGAAAGAUCUGGUUCUUGAUACUGCGAAUGAGAUUCUCAUAUUCGAUAAGACAUUCACGAACGAGGGAACAGGUUACGACACGACCACAGGGUUGUUCACAGCCCCUGUUGGAGGACUGUACCAGUUUGUUAUUCAUACAUGUACUUUAAAUACAAAAUACGCAUAUCUUGGCUUGGUGUUGGAAGAUAGAGUUACCGCAUUACAUUCACACUAUGGUGAUGCUAAUCACAGCUGUGGUUCAUUUGGAGCAAUAAUGAGAGUUAGAUCAGGAGAAAAGGUUUGGGUUAAAGCAACAAGGUAUCAUUCUAAUUACCAGCUUCAACAAGACUCACUAAGGAUGAACACAUUUAGUGGAGUACUUGUCAGUUACUGAAUAUAAAUAAAUCAAUAAACGUUGAUGGAAUUUAGUGUUUAAAGCUGUCAUUUAACGUACACGCUUUUAAGUACACUGCUUCAAUGCAUUUCUUCAUUAGUGUUUUGUGAAAUAAGUCGAAAAUGCGCUAUUUAUCUAUGAUAAUUGUGUCUUUAUGUUAUGAAGACUAUUAUUCAUACAAUAAUUAAGUUUGCAUAUUGUUAAUAUUAGUUAGUAUCUUAAAGGCAAAAAAAGGCUUAUAUCUUACAUUUAUUAAAGCAAAGAAAGCGAACCUUAUGUUUAUGUAGGUUUUGCUUUUAUGUAUCAUUUAGCAAUUAAAGUUGCUAUGUUCAUGAAAAUAAUUAAUAUAUACUUGUUAAAUUAUAUCUAUAACAAAAGAUUGAUUAUAAUAAGUAUUAAUUAGAAU